AUGGCCUCGGAGGGGCUCCAGCUCCUGGCCUUCACCCUGGCCCUGUCUGGGGUUUCCGGAGUGCUCACGGCCACUCUGCUGCCCAACUGGAAGGUGAAGGUGGAUGUGGGCUCCAACAUCCUCAUGGCCAUGGUCCGGCUCCAUGGGCUGUGGAUGGACUGCACGUGGUACAGCACCGGCAUGUUCAGCUGCACCCUGAAAUACUCCAUUCUGUCCCUCCCCAUGCACGUGCAGGCUGCGAGGGUCGCCAUGGUGCUGGCAUGCAUCCUGUCCGCCUUGGGAAUCUGCACAUCGACAGUGGGAAUGAAGUGCACCCGCUUAGGAGGUGACAGAGAGACCAAGAGUCAGGCUUCCUUUGCCGGAGGAGUCUGUUUCAUGUCUGCGGGGGUCUCUGGUUUCAUACCAACAGUGUGGUACACAAAGAAGAUCAUAGCAAGCUUCCUGGAUCCCACAAUUCCAGAGAGCAACAAAUACGAACCAGGAGGAGCACUCUACAUUGGCUUCAUCUCGGCAAUGCUGCUGUUUAUCUCUGGCAUUAUUUUCUGCACUUCCUGCAUAAAAAGGAAGCCAGAGGCCUGGCUCUGCACACACACACAGCAGCACGUCUCGGCCCCGCAGCCCGAGAGCAGACCUGCCUACAACCUGAAGGAUUAUGUAUAG